UUGCUCUUCAGAGAGUAUUUUUUGCAUAUUUUCAGUGCAUUCAAAUUCGGGUUGAAUAUGUAUGUGCGAACUGCGCUAGUUAGAUCACCUUUCGCUUCGCGAUCCCGCCCUCGAGUUAGCCAUUUUAUCCGCUUAAGGGCAUGGUGGCUUGGAUUAGACAAUGCCGAACUCUUGGCGCGCUAUGGUGAGCGUGGUUUUCUGCGAACAGUCUGGAUGGAGUGGCGCGGAACGCUUGUGCUCACGGGGUGCGUUUUCUCCUUUAUGGUAGGCCGUCUUCAAUCUAGUCGGGCUAACGAGAUAUUGGAUAAUAUAGAGCUCAACCGACAGCGGUACUACAAGCGAGAUUUCUUUCCGUCUUACACGGAGGGGGCGCCGGAUGCAGUUUAUGACGGGCCUAGAGGGUACAGCUACAUUGAUGAUGCCAGUGGUCUAAAGAUAAACUGCGAUAACCGUAUCGUAUCGGAUGAGACCAGAGAUGAGCGCAACAAACGGCUGGCGCAAGUGGAGAUAUCGCCGUCGAUGGUGCAGGAUGCGCAAGAGCUGCUGAGCAGUCCACGCUAUCAACGUUCAUUGAACGCAUAGUAAGGUUGGAAAUAAAAUCGUUACUCUCCUUAGUGGCCUUGGCUACGAGUUUCACAGAAGAGCUUUGUGGGGUAAAUCAAAUCAUCUGCAACGCGUGACUUUGGAAUGUCUCAUUAUUUUCCUCAUUGUAGUAUUCUCUUUAUUGUGGAUAUUUUUCCCUCACCACCAUAAAGUUAAUUACAUGAUGUUUUGUAAAAACAAGGAAAAGCUACUCACAAUGGGCCUACUGGUUCACGAUGAACUUACUUCAAUAGCGAAUCAUGCUUUUUUAAA